AUGUACGGCUUGUACAUGGAAAGCAGAGGCGCAAAGACUCAGAAUACGCAGUCUGGGAGGCCGGGGAGCCAAGGCACCUCGGCGCUGCGGUGGCGGAAGUCCGUUGGAGGGCACGUUUUCGGGCUCCGCCACUUUGCUUGUCGCUCUCCUCCUCAAUCCCAAUCGCUCCUUCAGGCCGGCGGGACUAGAGCCGAGUCGACGUCUGGCUGUCGAAUAUAUACCGCGCAUCCCCAGAUGAGCGCAUAUUACCGCGACCGCCUCCCCUCCUAUACUGCCAUCACCUCCGGACCAGAGCUUUAUGGUGCCAUCGCGAACAAUAUCCAACCCGAUCCGUCGGGCAUACCAGUCGCGGGCAACAGCAGUCAGACUGACCCGAUUCGCCGCUGUUCCGUUAAGGGAUGCGGGGUAGAACUGAGGUCGGAUUACGCGCUUAAAAUGUGCGAGGCUUGUCGGGGCCGCCAUCGCAAGUAUGCAAGCACGAAACGCGCGAAACGAAAGAUGGAGAAGGCCGCUCUCGGUGCACAAGGCGAUCACCAGGUAGUGUGGAUGCCAUCGGAUCCCACAGCCGACGGCACAGACGAGGAAUUGAGUGCCAUACAGACAGGCGAGCACGAACAUGUAUCAAGUACCCUCCCCGAAAGUGCAGCGCGAACAUAUGAAUAUACCCCUGGUACUUGGGACACGAACACCAUUGAUCCUUCUCUAUUUUCACAAGACUCGGAGCUUGCAGGAGCCCUAACGCCUGUUACAAAAGGGCGGCCGCACGACUUAACGCAUAAUGGCACAUCCACUUCUACUCCAGACACUAACGAAGCUGGACACCCCGCUAACGUUCAAUCUACCUCUAGCAACACAUCAGAAGCGCAGGCCUCUGAUCUCUCUCUUCCCCCACGAUUCUGCUCCAUUAAGGGCUGCAAAGCGUUGGUCUCUGGCACAUCAUUCUUCAAGAUGUGUGAACCUUGCCGAGAUCGAUACCGCAACUAUGGCACGACCAAGCGUGCAAAGUGGAAACGCGAGAAGGAAGAAGCUGUUUCAGUGCUCCAUAGGAUGCGCGAUGAAGAAGAUAGGCGUAGGGAACAGGCAGGGCUUCCUCCUAUAAGCCAGUCUCCUACAGAGUGGCGGGAUUGGCCAGAAGACGAACUCUCACCAGUGCAGUCUUCUUCGUCUGUACCUGACGCAGCAUCUCCUAAUGCCAACGUACCUCUUCCGCCCCGCAUGUGUACGGUCUCGCACUGCCGUGAGAUCCUUCCCGGAAAUUACCAGUACCUCCGCUGUGAACGCCAUCGUAUUCAAAAUCGACACCACAGUAAGCUGAAGCGGGUUCGUGACAAGGAAGUCAAGGCUCUAGCGUUUGAUGGUUGGGUUGCCGUCGCUGGCACCGGUAUCCGUGCUACGUCUGAGCUCAGCGGAGGGGAGUCUCCAUCUCCGUCUUUGCAGGAUACGUCAAUGGAAUCGAUGGAGCAGGAUUGCGACGAUAUCACUGGGAGCACUGGGCUCGGUGUCACUGUGGACGGUACCAUCCCUGCUGACGCACUGUCUGGCAUACCAUGCACAGGUGUGCCACCCGCUGCGCGUGGAACUAGGCGGACGAACCACGUCUGUUCAAUCAAGGCGUGUUACAAUCUUCUGGCUCCAACCAAUCCGUGGAAGAUGUGCGACUCAUGCCGAGCGCGGGACCGUGCCGGACGAAGGGACAAGGCGCUGCGAGAUAGUGGUCUUGCCACCACAUCAGCCUCAAAAGCGCCUAAGACUCCUAAGCUUCAAAAGACGCCUGUCCUGGCAGAGGAUGUGGGCGAGACCCCGGGAGAUGGACAAGGGGCUGCAAAGCUCAAGAAGAAGAAGACCACUACUACGUUGACGGAUCAAGGAGAUAGAGUCAAUUCCACUUCUGAAACUACAAUUUCUGAGCAAGUGGGAGGCAUUUCUAGCGUUGGCCUACCAUCCUCGUUCGUCGAUAAUUCGCAUAUAGCAGGCGUCCCGCCAUCAGAUCCUGAUCCCACAACAUUUGCCGGUGUCCCAGCGGACCUCAUUUUCAUGGAGCCGUUAUAUCAGGAUCCGGAUUCACAAAAUACGCCAUUAGGAUCAUCAAUCUCACCUGCUCAAGCCGUCAUCACACCGAGGCAGAAUGCCGUCUCAGAUCCCUUCCAGAUCGUGUCCACCGACGAGAUCGCAGGUAGAGCAUCACAGAGCGAAAUGGCUGUGCCAACUAGCAAGAAGAAAGCCAAACGCAAGAAGGGAUUGACUACUGUUCAGUCAAUCACACAGUCUAAUGUCCAUUCGAGGACUAGUAUCUCUACUGACACAAUAAGCACCAAUUUGUCCGCAGCCCCAGCUGCUACCCCCAAUCACGAACAGCCUAAUUCUUCCAUUGCUACUUCCCAGGCAGUUCCUUCUGCUGAUGCCUCCACUGAGAAUCUUUCUAAUGGCGAAGCUGCCCCCCCCUCAUUACCUAUGGCUCCCCAAUACCUGCCUUACUUCAUGCAUUCCUAUGGUAUGACACCUUACGGCGCUCAGCCCUCACCCUUCUCAUACAGCGCCUAUCCAUAUUCGCGUCCUCCAUAUCCUAGUGGUUCCACAUAUCAGCCAACAUAUGCUCCAUACCCCCAGCCCUAUAGCUUUCCUCACUACGGUCAACCAUACGCCCCUCAAGCUUUCCCUCCUCCACCUCCGCCACCUCCGCCUACCCCUCAAUCUAUGUACACCGUCUCAGCAGACUUUGUUUCACGUGAAGAGUACUCUGCAUCGCAAGGCGUGCAGGGUACAUCGGUCGACGGGACAAACCCUAACACUUCCCCCUACUACAGUACAUUCUCCGCCAAAACGGGUGAGCCUCACCAUAGGACCACGGUUAUGUUUUCGCUGCCGAAGAGGAAACGCGACGAGCAAGAGACGCUUGGUGCGAGCAAACGCCCAGUGUCUGCCGCAAAUCAAAGAUUGACUGCUGCUGCCUCCGUGGCGCUAGCAGGAAGCACGAGCGGACCCCUUAACAAAGGCUCGGAUGUCGCUCAGGAGAUAGUUUCCGGUGUACGACAGUACGCGAUGUACGCGAUGUAA